AUGGGAGACGACAACACAAUCAUACGCACUAAGGAAUUCACACCACCAACAAUCCAAUGUCCUAUACUGAACGCAACAAACUAUACGGUAUGGAGCAUGAGGAUGAAAGUCUUACUGAAGAUCUAUAAGGUUUGGGAAACCAUCGAACCUGGUAUAGAGGAUCCAGACAAGAACAAUAUCGCAAUUGUCGGCGAGCAAGAGACUUCUAAAGGGAUAUGGGAUGCGGUCAAAGCACGCAACGUAGGAGCUGAUCGUGUCAAAGAAGCACGCUUGCAAACCCUCAUGACCGAGUUCGACAGGAUCAAGAUGAAAGAUUUAGACACUAUAGAUAGCUUCUCGGGGGAGUUGUCAGAGAUGGCGUCUAAAUCAGCGGCACUUGGAAAGAUCAUUGAAGAAAACGUUCUAUGUCAAGAAAAGGAGAAGAAGGACAGAUCAAUGAUUGUUUGCUUCCGAUGUGAUAAGAAUGGCCACUUUGCAUCAGUGUGUCCUGAGAGACUUCAAAAGAUACAAGAAUCAAACAAGGUGGAGACAGAGGAAGCCGAUCCAGCCCUCUACAUGCACGAGAUUGUAUUCUUGAAUGAAGAAAACUUAGUACCAAAGAAAUAUGAAAUCAAGCAAGGAGAAGAAGAUGUUUGGUACUUAGACAAUGGAGCCAGCAAUCAUAUGACAGGGAAUGUGUCAUAUUUUUCUGAACUCAAUCGCAACAUCAAAGGCAAAGUGAAGUUUGGAGAUGAUUCGUAUGUCAACAUAGAAGGCAAAGGAUCAAUCAUAUUUCAAGGAAAAACCGGAGAACAAAAGCUAGUUACGAACAUAUACUACAUUCCUGAUCUCAAGAGCAACAUUCUAAGUUUAGGACAAGCUACGGAAGUGGGAUGUGAUGUAAGGAUGAAGCUUGACUACCUAACAGUACACGAUCCAAGCGGGAGAUUGUUGGUUAGAGUAUUCAGAUCACCAAACAGAUUAUACAAGAUAAAGCUUAAGAUCGGCAAGCCUAUGUGUCUAAAUAUAAAGCUAGAAGAUAGAAACGUGGAAGUGGCAUGCAAGGUUAGGACAUGUGAGUUUUAA